AGGUACCAAGACAAUUUCACAAGAAGGCACUCGAAUGAGGCGGCACCCCUCCAUAGGGCCUUUUCCUCGCAAGGGGAAAGAGAACCUUUGCUAAGACCGGAACGGCAGCUACCGUUCAAUCCACACUUUUUCAGAGCGAAAUCAGAUAGUGCCUUGUUGUGUGAUGAUACUCCUUCACAACUGUGCCAUGUGAUGCACAAGGAACCGUGUGCAACUUCAAUGCCAACAACAAAUUUGGCUCUUUUGGUAGCUUUAUCAAUACACAGUGUUCUCGAAGGACUUGUGGUGGGUCUCGAACGGAUGCCUUCCAAGGUUUUGCUGCUUCUUGGAGCAGUCGCCUCACAUAAACUUGUAGUAGGUUUCUGUCUAGGAGUUGAGCUCGCUUCCAAUGAAUAUGUUACAUUUUGCAAACACUUUAUUUGCAUUUUCGUGUUUUCUGUGUCUUCAGUAGCGGGCAUUUUAAUCGGAAUGUUAAUUUUCAACGUACCAACUGACGUCACUGACAUAGCAAUUCCAAUCUUGCAAGCUCUGGCUGGCGGAACUCUUCUGUAUGUAACAGUGUGUGAAGUUCUUCCAAGAGAACGAGCCAGGUGGCAUCAGAAGAAUUUAAAAAAGUCAGCAGGAGUGGCACAACUAUUGUCUGUGUCUGUGGGAUUUGCGUUAAUGGCAUUGCUCAGCAACUACCUAGAUCACUAAAAAAGCAGUUAGAAUAGAUGUCCUAAUAUUAUUUGUGAGAUAGAUAAGAUAACACUGUCACUGUUGAUAUUUAUUGUGCAACCUUUCUGGCAUCUUUUUGUAAAUCAGGGUGUAGGACGAAAAAUAGACGUAAUCUAGGAAGGAAAUAACCGCUUGCAAAGGGACACAACACAACUGUCUACUUCAAUCACCUUUAAAGAUCUCUUUAUCGCCCAAUACAACUUGCGAUUCUUCCAUUGAUUCUGGGUGUGUAUUCGACUUAAUCUACUUACUUAAUUACUAAAUUCAAAAAGCUUAUGAAGCUUACAAGCAUAACUGAAAGAUUCUGGAUGAAGUAAAUAUGUACUUUUGCCCUGUCGGGCAUUGAUAAGUUGUAACUUGAACUCCUAGUAAGUUGUAGUUUUAGUACUAGUUAGUACGCGUUACUAGCUAGUACGCGUAGGUAUACUGUUUGCUAAAAGAAGGAAUGUGAUAUACAAUAGAUAUAUAUUUUAUUCUCGAGGUAGACUAUAAGACAAACUUUAGAUAACAUGUUUUAUAUGAUUAAUUAGUAAAGCUGUUUCGUGCUUAGUGUAAAAGACUACUAGUGUUCAAAGUAAAAUUUACCAGUGUUUAAUAAAAACAGGAAAUAUAUAUUUGCACAAGUAUUUUCAAUGUUCUGUGGUCCUGACCGUAGCGUAAAUUAAUAUAUUGCUAAAUACCUACUAUGAAACAUAACUGUAACAUCAUCUAGCAAUAAAAUAAUUUCGAACAUUAA